GGGUCUCAGAGGCAGUCAAACGUAAAGGCAGUAUAGAUAAUGAAAUGAACAACUACAUUAAACGAAUCCGAGAUGGACCUUCACCAUCCGAAUAUGCUAUAAUGGGAUGGUCUUUUGGACAGUACGGUGAAGAUCCUCUAUAUUUGAACCACCGCCCGACUUCUGCUUCUGGAAAUCCUAUUGCAAUCUAUCAUCCAGUGUUUGAGAGGUUUGUGGAAGACUGCCGAACAGCUGUUCCUACACAGGAAACAUACGACUUUGUUGUGGAAGCCACCUUAACAAUGUCCGCGUUCACUUAUAAAGAUUUACGAACGAAGUCAUUUCACCGUUUGCUAGAAAAGUUUGUAUAA